AUGAGGCACAUCGCUCUACUUUUUGCAAUUCUCCCGGCAAUUAUUGCUUCUGCAACUCCUAUCUGCACAAAUGGCUUCUCGUUGAUCAAUAAUAAAUGUUUGAGACUAUUCACUAGUCCAAUGGUACAUAAGGAUGCAGUGGCCACUUGCUCGAGUUAUGCAGGAACUUUGGUGACUAUUAAGAAUGCUAUUGACAACCGCGCCAUCACCACAUUCGUCGGUUCCUCCAUAAAGCACACCUGGAUCGGGCUGUUUUGUUUCCAAAGUGAUCCGACUAAUUGCUAUUGGGAUGAUGAAUCAGGAACAUCUGCAGAUUACAGUAGUUUUGCGAAAAGCUUCCCCUACACCGACGUCGGCAACUGUGUCUACUACUCAGUCUCGGGUACCCUUGCGGGACAAUGGGUUAGCGGAGACUGUGACGAUGACUUGAGACCAUUUGUAUGUGAGAUGCCGAGUACUUUUUAUGGUAGGACAUAA